AUGCUACACGAGACUCUGCUAUUGAAUUUGGCUCCUGGAUUCACUAUACUAACAACAGACGCUGAGAUGCCGUCUCCACGACAUGCGGGAGCAUCGACCGUCCUCGGAAGUGAAGCGAAAAUCCCUGACCCUCCAAAAUUUACUGAUGCAGAGGCUCUGAAACCUUGUCCCCUCUGUCGAAAGAAUUUCAACGAAGCCGAGUUUACCAAUGACACGUGGUGGAAGUGCCAUGUGAAUGAAGACUUGUUACCAUUUGCGUGUAUUGCAGGACCAUGUUUUCAACCUCCAGCUUUUGCUUGCCGGUCCGAAUGGAGAGCCCACAUGCAGCGGCAUCACGGUAUCUUCUGGCAAAGAAGUCUAGCCGUCCAGAUUAGUGAUAAUAUGCACCCUAACACUCAAGAAAAGUUGGAUGUUGGCCCAUUUGAAGAUGUUUGCCCUCUCUGCUGCAUGCCACUAGUUGGACCUAGUAGAUCAGCAAUCGGUCAGUUCGCAUACCUGAUGUCUUUCACGUCACAGACUGCCGUCGAAAUGCUAACAACGCCUCUAGAUUCCAACGAUGUCAUUGAGAGUCACAAUAUGAAUACAAAGAACGAGACAGGUUUGGACAAGAAGACCGCUACCGGUAUAGCAGAGAUUAUAGAGAACCAUAUGAUGAGUCCCAUGAUGAAUCAUAUCGCUGAUCACCUACAAUUCUUGGCCUUACUCACCGUGCGAUUAUCAGCAAGAAAAAUCACAGAUGGAGAUGAAAAUAGCUUUUCCAGCUCUCCAGCUCUCAGCAGCGAUCAAGAUUCUGAACAAAGAAGCACUUUAGACGAUGAAUCUGAAUUCGUUGAGGGAGACGCAUCCAAGGGACAUGACGGGCAUGAGUUCCUAGCCGACGCCCCUCCAGACCUAGAAUGCCCAGAGAACGAAUGGAUUGAGUCGCUCCUCAGAGAUCUCGGCCAGGAAGCAGAUAUUAGCAUUUCAACAUGCAGACCCCCAAGUUUAUCGCAUUAG